UCGUGGCCCCUGGCGCCCCUCGCUGCCUCUGAUACAGUCCCUGGGGGUCAAAUAGGAUGGGAAACUGCCUCAAAAGCCCCACCUCGGACGACAUCUCGCUGCUGCCGGAGACUCCUGACCAGAUGAUGGACGCCCUGGCAGCUAUGGAGGUGUUGUGAAGGUCACAUGAAAGAAAGCCAAGAGAUGGGAGAGGAAAACAAAUGAUCUGAGGCUUGCAGACAUUCACAAAGAAAGUGGGAUGCUCAUGUUAACUCUGAAAGCUCUGUGCAUGAUCUUGUCUGCUCAGAAAGAGUUACUUGCUUCCCAGAGAAACUUGUGACUUGUGCACCUCGUAGAAGAGUACAUUAACACUGCACAUGUUUAAUCAGGCAUAAGAUGUCUGUUUGCAACCACAUGAUGGAUAUUAGUCUAAAGAUCUUGGGCAUAGCCAAAGGAGAUUUUAAUUUUGAGUUAUUUAUGCCUUAAAAGAUGACAUGUUGCCUUCCACUUCCUCCCCAGUAGAGGCCGCACCAACUCCCGUCUCCCCCUCGGGCCCAUUCCCUUGCCAGCCACAGUAUGUAGGUCAGAGCAGGGAGGGCGGCACAAGAGAUGAGUAUCGGCCACCUUCCCCAGCAGCGUUGGGAAUGUGUGGUUCUGAGGAGAGUGGUCAGGAGGGGCGGGUAACGAAGCCUCCGCCAGACCUGUGCUCCCGAGACAAACCCAACCCAUUCCGAACGCAGAGUGUCGAGGGCGCUGUAGGUGGAGCCGCCAUUGCUCAAGGUGCCUGUGAUUAUGAAUAUGCAUUAAAUGAUUCACACUGCAGGGGAGAGGAAAGAGGGGGCACCAUGGAAGAGGGGGCGUGCAGUCUGCUUCCUCAGUCCUCUGCAGGGGAGGUCCCACGCUGCCCUGAGGAGGACGUGAAGUGCACCACCAAAGCCGGCCUCCCAGAUUUAUGCGAUACGGGUAGCGGUGCGAGGAGCAGGAUGAACUAUCAGACGAGUGGCAGGAGUGCCUCCCUCAGUGAGGCCAUGCAGUAUGAGUCACCGUCUAAGGGGAGCAUCGGAAGUGGUGGUGGUGGUGAGAGUGUCAGUCAGGGGUUGAGCAGCUUUGAAAAUACUCAGAAAUCGGAGAGGGAGAGAGUGAAUGAGAGUCACUCCAAGGGCAUUGACAUGAAACUCGAUAGCUCAGAGCCUAAAAGUGACAUCACCCAAGGAGAUGUUUCGAAGGCAGAAAGCAGAAUGGAGGAAGAGAUGCAAGUUACAGCAGACAGUGUGGAUGGCAGUGGCAUUGCCAUUAAACCUGAAGAAAGCCAUGAACAUAAUACAGAAAAUGCAGGCGAUUCUGUUUGUGGCAGUGGCAUGGAAGCGAGAGGAGAAAGUAACGUAGUUUGUGAGGACAGUAACAUUGACAUGAAAGAGACUCACGACACAGAGAUGAUGGUGGGACCCCUCGAGAGCUACCUAAUACACGACAACCAGCAAAUAUCCCUGGUGGCUUGUGGCAUUACCCAGUGCGACCCAAGCUUCCAGUACGACAUGGCAGUGGCAGAACCUGUGGAGACUGAAGAUGGCAUGAGUUUGAUCAAGUACAACCUCCACCACUCCAGUCACCCGAUGUACGAAAAGUGGCCCUGCUACUUUUACAUCACCGAGGAACACCUGCCAAGCUUCACCAUAGACUCCCACGGCAGGCAUAUUGGAUCUGAUGCUCCUCCCAUGUUCUUCCCUAACCCGUCAGUGAGUCGCCCGGCCUCUCACCUGACGGAGGAGGAGCAGGUCAAGAUUGCCAAGCGGAUGGGCCUUAUCACACACUUGCCCUGUGGGAUAUUUGACGGCACCAAGAAGAGUGGAGAGUGUGUGAUAUGCAUGAUAGACUUCUCAGUGGGUGACAGGGUGCGUUACCUGCCCUGCAUGCACACCUACCACACAGAGUGCAUCGACGACUGGUUGAUGCGCUCAUUUACCUGCCCAUCAUGCCUUGAGCCCGUGGACGCCGCUCUCCUCAACACUUACGGGACGAGCUAGCGUGUGCAGCCCUUGAUAUGAGGUGUGCUGGGUGGUUUUCCUAAUUGACUCACUGCUGAUGCAUUAUUGUGAAGUGUCGGAGCUGGAUUGGACAACUGUGUAAGGAGUUCAUGUCACUUCAGAUUAUUUGGUCUCAAAUUUAAUCACAAAAUGUCUCAUCUGUCAGGGGAACUUCAGCUUGUAAAAUUUGUGCAGUGUAACAGAUCUAUACUUAUGGCAGUAAGUAAUUGGGCAUCAAGAGAGUUUAUCCUCAAAAGCUGACAUUGGUGCAGCUUUUAGUUGGUUAUCAUAGUUUUUUGUUGAUGAAUUCCAGAUAAAAAAAACAUCUGUGGAGGCUGUAACACACCAUGAAGUCCUGCACAUGAUCUUCUCUGGUAUUACAUAUAAUGAGAGUCAAAGGUACUUACAUGUGUGUGCGUGUGUAUGUGUGUGUGUGUGUCUGUGCAAGUGUAUAUGUGUGUGUGUGUGUGUGUGGAGCAGCAAAAAUGUCAGAAAGUGUUUCAGAAUGAUGUUUUCUUUAUUACCAUAUUAUACUUGCUCUAGCUGUCCAUUGUCUAUAGUAAAGUAUGUUUCUAUCACUGUGAACACCUUGGUUGAAGAGCACAUUGCAAGGACCAAAGAAAACAUUGCUCCUCUGCAACAAAGUGAGUAAUGUGGGGAGACAAUUUUCAAAAUCGUCAUUAUUUCGAUAGCUAGUCUCCAUUUUAAAAGUCCAGUGAAAGGUUUAGUUGUUUGUAAAUUAAAUGAAUGGCUUGGAUAACUAUGUAAUAAAAGCAAUAUGAGAAUGCCACGAUUAAAACUAGAUUUCCUCUUUUAGCCAUUUUGGAUUUUUCUAGACUACUAUAAAGGCUCAUGUUUGUGGCAAUAAUGUUGAGCAUAUCUAAGCCAGCGGUGCAGCAUAUCACAUACUUUACAGCAGGUGGACAGAAUAAGGCUUUGCAAUCCUGUCUUUCAAACCAUAGAGGAAAGCAUUCCCUGAGAUAGAAUGUUUUCCUUUAAACCUACGAAUCUAACUUGUAAAUAUAUGUAGUAGUAUAUAUCUAUAAGUUCCAAUAGUUCCUCUUUCCAUGGGCAUUCAGUUUUGUCCAUCAAUAUAGUUUAGUUUUAGAAAAUGACUUUCCUGAUGAGAUCUGGAACUGGGAAGUGUGUGUAGCCUGUAACCUUUGCCUCCCAGAUAGUCACCCUGUACAGCUGGUUGUGCCUUAGCUUGCGAUUAGUGUUCCUUUAUGACUAGCAGCACCUCAUGGAAGGAAAGAAAAGCUAUUACGCAGCAGGAAAAUACAAGUCUGAGAGGAGAUACUUACGCACUGCAUUUGCAAAGUUUAUAUUUUCAUUAUAUCAACUUUACGUGUCUGCAAGGCUUAAAAUAGUAAGGCACAUCACUUCAUUAAAAAGUCUAAAUCACUGAGUAUUCUCAGGCUUUAUUUGACACAUGCUUAUACAUAUAUACAUUGCUUAUGUAGCUGGUAAUUGCCUUUCAGUUCCUUGUUUUAUGAAGGCAAGCAUUAUAUUCUUAAAAGGUAUUUUAUUAAUUUACUGAGUCAUGGUCAGGCAUUCAUUACUAAUAGGUUUUUCUUAAUCAUUUCCUAAACCUUCAGCGCAUUAAACCAGUCUCUGAGUCUAGGGCCGAGACAUUGGUUUCUGCCUCGAUAUAAUUGAACCUAGUCAUAAAGUAAUGGAACGGAUUAUUACUGUCAUUAUUAUUGCGUUGAGAGCUGUUGGUUUUGUUAACUAACCUACAUUUUUACAGUAUUUUUUAUUUAUUAGUCCCAAGUUUAUCUUAUGGUAAUCAAGGAAACAUCAUUGUGUGUAGGGUGCGGCACAGGGAUGCGGUGAGGACACAUUGCUGUACUUUGUUUUCAGAAGUAGACAUUAAAUAACUUUUUCAAAUUUGGUGCAUCCCUCCAGCCUGCAUAGAACUACUGAGUCAUGGCUUUGAAUCUAAGUCACUUGUGUGAUAAUCUACAUAUUCAAUAUUUUGUUUUUUUGUUUUUUUUUGAGUAUAUUAAGACAUCCAUAGUUGAAUUAGAUCAGUUAUGUACAGUAUUAUAAGAAGUUUGUAAGAAGCCACUCAAGAUUUUUUUGUAUGUUUUAUUCAUCCUGUAAAAUUCUUGAUACUUAGUCAAGUUGUAAAUUUUCUUCAUCGGUGUUUUACAUAAAUUUGUGUGUGUUUCAGUAGAACAUGAACUGUCAUGCUUACUUAGACAAAGUAACUCACUGUUAACACAUUUUGGCACAGUGUAGACACUGAUAAGUUUCAGAACUCCCUUUUUUUGCAUGAAUAUUCAAAAUGUCCAACAAUGAGCUUCUUGCAAUGCACGUUUAAAGUGAUGAAGUAUAUUUAAAGUAUCUGAAGGUGGAUUCAGUUACUGAGAGAUGCUUCGGAUAAAGAAAAAUAGAAAUUGAAAUGUAACCUGUUUGGCAGGUUGAACCUCACUUUAUGAGGACAGGAAGGCCAAGGUUGUGCUACACUGGAGGUUGAAAUGUAAAAUACAAUGUUCAUAAACUUUUUAGCAAAUAUAACAUUAUAUAGACAAUGAAUUAAAUUUUACCCACUAAACAGGUGUUUUCCACCUCCAGAUUGAACACUUGUUGAUAGUUAUAGAAAUUGCAUCAAAUGUGAAUUCUUAUAGAACUGAUACAGCAUAUCUGAGUUCAGCUAAUACUUUGAGAAUAGCAAUAUGUUUCUGUCUGAGACCCAACAGUCUUAGAUCACAUAGGGAUAUUUUUUAUACAAUAUCCAGAAUGUAUUGCAUGAAAGAACUUGUUCAUUUAGGGACGUUUUCUAUCAUGAAAACCUAUGGUUUAAAGCAGCAGAGUGUGCCAAGUUAAGAGUCAUGUGUUACGGCAGUUGAUGGAGGUUGGAGCCGGCCGCUCAAGAUCCGUAGUCUGUUCACCAUUUGAAUCUAUCAUAUUUUUGGGUUUCUGUCAAACUGAGGUUCAACCUGUAUCAGCUGGUGCAUCAAGGAUAUAGUUUAGGUAUAUUGUAAAACAGGCAUUCCUUGUGUUGUCAAAUUUGUCAAAUUAGUAACAUUCAUAUAAGGGUUUGAAAACUUGCAUUUGGAUAAAUGAUUUAGAAAUUUAGAAUAGUACUGUAUAUCAAAAUUACAAUAAAGGGGGUGUCCUGGUUUUGAGAUGGGAUUAACUGUAUAAAUCCAACAGUCUCCAUCAAAUACAAAAAGGUUAUUUGUAUGUGCCUUAGUCAUGAAUUGUAAGUGUGUGAUGGUGGAGCAGAAUUUGAGUAACCAAACCAGGAAAGGAACAUGAGGGUGUUAACAGCCGUGAGUCACCUGGUGUCCCCUGAUCUAUGCAGUGACUUAGUGAUGCUCUCCACUAGUGCUGUUCUCUGGCCAUGUAAUGAUAAUAUUUCAUUGUAAUGUUGAUCAUAUUUAUGGAGCACAUUUUUAAGUAGAGAUACAGAUAUACUUUAUGUGCAAGUUUUGAGCAUCACGAUUAGAUCCUCAUCGGUCAAGGCAGGGACUGUUGAUCAAGGCUCCCUGAAUAGGCAUGGAACUGUCACUUAACUCCUUGUAAAAUCUUAGCACCACUUCAGAAAAAAUGGAUAUUUGCGUAAUCCUGCAUGUGUAAAAAGUCAAUCAUUAAUGUCCAAGCUCUCGGUAAUAUUGUUAACAUCAGGAACAUUCUGUAGCUCAUAGGUAUAACAGCUUAUGCUGAUUUUUAACCAGCGAGCCACUAGUUUAACAUUCAGAACUAAAUUUGUUAAUCUCACUGUUUGCACCAAAGUGUAUAGUAUUGUGAAUUUUACAAACUGUUGCUUAAGUCAAAGAUGCUUUGGCAGAAUGUUUCUUCUAAAUGAUAACCUGAUAGUUUGACUGGCUGCAUAUGACACAUUUCCCCUGAAGUAAACUGUCAUUAGACUACUUUUGACAUUCCAGUAGCAUAAACCUGCUGAGUAAUUCCAAAUCACAAGGUGAUGAACUCCUGUUUAUUGGCUGUAUUGCCCAGGAAGCAGAUCAAUGGAAAACUUUGUGUGAGGGAGAAAGAAAAUGUUGUAUCCUUGGGUCCAUUCAAAGCUUACUGGCUCUUUAUUCAAUAAUCAGGAAAUUUUGGGAUAUACCAAGUCUGUCAGAAAGAAAAGGGAUCUCAUUUGCACUUUCUAAGUCAUGGCAUAAAUGAAGGAAUUACUUGUUGCUUGGAUGUAAGCAAUAUGACGGUGACCAAAGUCUGCCAGGCUUCAAAUGUAUACCCAAUAACACAUAAUAUGUAUUAAAGAAAUGUUUUAAUAAGCUCUCAGCAAUGAAAUGCACAUAAUAUGUAUUAAAGAAAUGUUUUAAUAAGCUCUCAGCAAUGAAAUGUACUUUUGAGCAGUGUGUUAAAGUACAGAAGUACUGCUACAGCCACAUGUCUGCAGAGCUUUCAUUACAUGUGUCCUAAAAGUUUUACAUGUUCAAGUCUGCUGGCAAUGCUUUCUUUGCAUCUACUACUCACACCUGUACUUUGCUUGUAGAAGGCCUUCAAGAUGCAGGAAUGCUGGACAUGGUUAUGCUUGUUUUGGAGUUAUCACCAUCAUAAAAAAUAAUAAUAAGCACUUAGGGGACUUAAUACAUAAAUCUGUAAAUUUGUAAAUGUGGUUUAUUGCUAUGUAACUCAGAAGUUAUAAUUAUGUUUCAGAAACACAAAUUUAUCUGUAAAUAUCAGCAGUUUAUAGUGUGUAAAUGUUAACUAGUUUACAAAAAGUUGCAAGCAAUUAAAGUGACCUGUAUUGUCCUUUCUGACUGAAUCACCAUCACAUUCUGUACCAAAAUCCAUCCCAUCAACAUGUACAGCUUCUCACUCGAGUUCCCACAUCACAUUAUCCUUGUACAUGAUUGUUUACCCAUUACAAGAUUUUGUUUAAUCCAACACUUAUUUUCUCUCUGUUAAAUCUUUGGCUGAAAUAAGGUAAAGGCUGCAGAGUGCAUGAAGAUAUCAGAAAUUAUUUUAGCAGCAUCUAGGCCAGGGUGGGCUCUUGUAGUGGCCUGAGGUCCGCUUCUUGUUUUAUGGCCUCUUUUUAAGGUGGUGACAAUUGGUUGUAGCACUUGGUAUUCCUGGCGUGGCUUCGGGUGUGGUGGACAUCACAGGCUUCACGGCCUGGCAAGGACUCUGUGUAUACCAUAAUAAAACAGAUGAUUGCUCUCGUCAACUGCUGGGUAUGGUGUCAAGGCAAAGGAGCAUAUGUACUACACAUAUAUAUUACAUAGAUGCAUUCAGUGCUAGACCCUUAAGUAGAGGUUAGGAAAGAUAAAAGUGUACUGAAGGAUAUUCAGUUGGCUUUAUUUUAAAAAUGAUUUUUCUCUUUAUUUUUUGUAAUAAAUUCUUUUUAUACACUUCAUAGUUGUGGAGGACUUAGUAUUUGAUGAAUUUUCAAGUCAUCUAUUUUCUUGAAUAACUACUAUUUCUUUGGCUUUGUGUAGCUACGCCAUACAGUGGUUACAUUACAGGAAUCGACAAACGAUAAUUAGAACAUACUUUUCAUCCAUGUAUCAUGUGACUGUUUGCACAUGUGUUUGUGUAUUAGGGCAUCACAGAAUUUUCGACACUCAGCAAGACUAAAUAUCUGAAAGGAAUGGUUUGUAAAUGCCAUCAUUGUCUGAUUUGUUAAGGGUCAGUAAUCUCUUGAUAACAGCACCGCUCACUGCCUGUCACACCUGUGUUUAGUUGUGUUGUGCUGCAAACACUGAUGUGUCAAGUUUGGAAUCUGUCUGUUGUCUUGAUUGGUAAAAUUUGUGGUGUAACUCUUCCAGGUGCAUUAUUAUAAUGUAAAAAGAGACCUUUAAUUUUGCUGUACAGCAUAUGGAACUAUUGCAUCCACACGUACAAUAGUUAUAGUUUGUAGCAAUGCUAGACAGAUUUUUGUAUAACAAAAUUUUAUAUUUUCAAGUUUAAUGUACUCUGAAGCCAUUAAUACUAUGAUGUUAGGCAAUAUGCUGUGUACAAUUUGAACUUCAAUUAGUAUGAUAAUGUUAAAUGGAUCAAUUCAUGACCUGUUUUCCAUUGUACUUAAGCAAAGCUUUAGGUUAAUGUUUGAUUGAUACUGUGCUGGCUCAUGUGUCAUGCUGGCUAGGGUGUCAUGCAGGGGGGGGCAGGAAUGUAGCCAUGUGUGGCAUGCAGGGGUAAAGUUGACAUGGGCUGGCAUGUGUCAUGCAGACUUGUUGUUGUUUCAGGGGAUGUGAUGCAUGUCAGAGGCUGGUGUGUUGUAAAAUGUGACAAUUCAUACAUGACAGUGUGACAUGCAGGCACUGGCUGAGGGGUGCUUGGGGCGGGCAGAUCCCAUGGAGAGACUAUGCAGGCACUUGUAUUUAACUAGGGAUAGGAAGCCUGGCAGGCAUUUCCAUCAGCAAGUUGUUAUCCAUCCUCUUGGCACUAAAAGGAUGCAUGUUUGAUCUUGGUUGUAAUUCCUAAAUUCUCUCAAAUACAUUGUCAGCUGAUACAUGUAGGACAUUCUAAUGUUCCUUUCCACUGUAUUCUGUCAGGCAAAGAUAUUGUCUUAGGAAUCUUACAUUUCCUAACAUCAAUGCUCAUCAUAGAGGAAAUAGCAUCACUCCUAAUCCUAAUUGUAUUUGUGGCUAUGUAGUUGGUAUAUGAAUUUCAAUAUAGGAACAGUACUCAUGCUAGAGAAUGCAAUUUUGAUUGAGGAAAAUGCAUAGGGAGGAAUAUUAAAAACCAUUAUUUUACACAUACCAAAUGUCAGACUCAUGUUGAUUUUCCUCAUCUUGGUUGAUAUGAUAGGACAUGAAAUAUAAGAUUUGGUCAGUAAGAUCCAUUCCUCUGUGGAUUUAUAAACUUAGAAUGAAUAUAUGUAUUCUUCUUAUAGGAGUAUUCAGAAAAUUAUAAAUUGUAUCAUUGGUGAAGAACUGUGAACUCUUAGAGAAGGUUUUGGUUAAAGAAAUUGGAUUCUCUUGAGUGCUUUGCUGUGAGUGGACAUGGUGAGAGUGUAUGUUAUGGGCAAGUACCGCACCAAUCCUUAUAAGCCAAAAUUAACUGGCAUAAAGAGGAUGUUUGGCUGAGUAUUAUAAGGUACUACUAUUUCUUGCAAUACUGCUGGUAAACAUUACGCCAUAUCCAUUCACUGGAAGUAUUGCAUCCAGACUUGAUCUAUAACACGUGAUGUUUGCUUCAGUUUGAGGAUAAUCUGGUUUUCAGUUAUGAUACAUUGAGCUUUAAUAUAGUCAUUAGCAAUCCAUGUUGUAAAAUUGCUGACUUAGACGAGUUAAGCUUCUCCAACACUCACUUCGACUGAGUUAUAUGCCUUACUCUUGACUAGAUACUUAACUUUGUAUCAGUGCCGUCUCCCUGUAACGCGUGUGCAAAUAUAUGCACAGUAGGACAUUAUAGGUAGCAAAAGGUCUUAUAUAUGACAUUAUUCUUUUUAAGGGAAGAAAGUUUUAUCCGCUGUUAUUUUCAUCGGUAUAUUUUUUGUAUCCAUAUUAAUCUUUAGUAGGUAUAAAUCUAUAUCCUUUGUGUGUGUUUUGUUGGUUUUGUAGAGUCUUUUAUCCCUCAUCGUCCCUGUAACUUGGAUAACAUUAUACUUUGCCUUCACUUGUAUCUUGUUACUGAAAUGUAUAGAUUAAAUUAUUUCAAGCCUUCCA